AUGGCCAAUUUAGGCAGUUGGCAGCACUAUAACCGAGAUGCCUCAAUUUCAAUUACAUUGUUGGGUGUCUUCUUCGUGGGACUGCGCUUUCUCUCGAGGCAUCUAGGAAAAGUGCCCCUGGGCCUGGAGGAUGGGCUGAUUGUGGCCGCGGUGUUGAACUUAUUCGUCAUUUUCGCACUCGAUAUAGAGAUGGUAAAAUACGGCCUUGGCCUGCACCAAUCCACCAUAUCCAUGGAUAGCCUAAUAACCAUCAACAAACUCCUUCUCCCCGCCGAAAUAUUCUACUGCACCUCAAUAAUCCUCACCAAAACCUCCAUCCUAGCAAUGUACCACCGGAUCUUCCACAUCCAUAGGCCCACCCGCAUAGCCGUGUACAUCCUGGGAGUGAUAACGAUCAUCAGAGCCAUAUCCCUCAUUUUUGCCUCCAUCUUCCAGUGUACUCCUGUCGCUAGGGCGUGGGACAAAUUCCAAUACCCCGGUCGAUGCAUUAACCUCAAGGAUACGUUUAUUGCGAAUGAUGUUGUGAAUGCUAUCACUGAUGUAGUCAUUCUGGGGCUCCUGAUCGGGAGAGUGUGGAAAGUGCAGGCAGGGUGGGGGGUAAGGAUGGGCGCCGUGGGGAUGGUCUCUUUGGGGGAUACACUAGGCCGAUCGAACGCAUGGUGUGUAAUAGAAGUCUCUUCGGGGAUUAUCUCUGCGUGUCUCCCUACUCUACGUCCACUGGCAAGAGCUCUGUUUCCGCGAGUGUUCAGCAGAAAGCAGUCCUCUCGGGGACAGGGGAGUUCAAGCUAUCCUAAACCAGGCCUUCGUGGGCUAUCAGGCGAAUCUAGUAAGGACAUAUUGUCUAAGAGACCAGAUGUGGGUGUGGAGUCAGAUGGGGAUGAGUACCCGUUGACUGUGGUUAAGAUCAAAGGGGAGAGCUGUAGGAGAAAUUGA